GCAGGGGACGGCGCCUCAGGUACACUAAGGAGUGGAUCGCCUAUGUGGACGANNUGCCCGUCGGGUUGACGUUCGGGCCCGUGAAUGGGCCGGACGAUUUUAACUUCGUCGUAGACAGAGCGUACGCGCCCGGCAAGGGGCGGCGACUCCGCUACACGAAGGAGUGGAUCGCCUAUGUGGACGAUCUUACAGUCCGCACCGGUCACGUGGUAGACGGCAAAUUCUACACGGACGCAGCAGCGGACCGGGCGGUACGCGAGGCGUGCGCCAGAGGGACGUCUCAAGCGGCUCCCCAGAGCGCGGAAUCCGCCAUGGAGGGCUGUUCGCGGCGUUUCAACAAUGUGCGCGCGUGCUGUGAUCGCGGCGUUUGUCCGGAACGCGCGGGGGUCACCUCACUCCAGUCUGCAGAGUUCUGUGUAGGUCUGGAAGGUCAAAGGAAGUUGUAUGCCAAGGUGUCUCAGCAGCUAGUGGCUCGGAGCUUGGCUGCUCAGUGCCUCUCGUGGUGGGCGGAGUAUGCGCGGCAACAUGUCUACUUGCUGCGCAAUGUUCGCGUUGGCGAUCUUCCGGUCCCCACCCACUGCAAAGCGGAAGCCAUGGCUUUUGGCAUGAUCUCGAGUGGUCAGGCAAACUGGAAUCAGCCCCGUCGUCUAAUUGACUACCUUCCUACGGAUGCAAAGGUCAGAUGGCCCCAGGAAGGCCCCGGACCUCAGACUGAUGCCAACACCUGUGCCUCAGCGGAUUCCAAACGGUUCACGGUCGGGGCAUGGAACUUUGGUAACAUGGCCGGUGUGGUGAACAACACGGUGACCUAUCCGUGGGUCACCCGGGCUUUGGCUGGCAUUCUUGGGACAUGGAGUGAAGAGCUCCAGUUCACUUCGUGCACUUUGUCAUUGAAUACACAGGCGGCAUUGCACAGGGAUUCCAGAAAUCUGGCCAGCUCCGUCAAUUUGGCUCUUCCGUGUUCGGAGUUUCAGGGUGGGCAGCUCUUCAUUGAGGACUCUCAAGGAGGCACGUUGCUUACCUCGAGGGGUCCGGUGGGUCACCUGGUCUCCACAAAUGAGGCGACGGCAUUCUCGCCGAAGAAGCUGCACGCAACGCUGCCGUGGGAGGGAACUAGGCUUUUGCUUUUGCCUUUUCAUAUUGGACAGUUUGCGAACCUUAAGCCCCUGGAUGUACAGCUCUUGACGAAUCAUGGAUUUCGCAUUACUGACAGUUCUAAGUGA